GUUCAACCACUGAGAACUAUUUUUUUUUUUUAAAGAAGAAAGAGAAGAGGACUUAUCCGUGGAUCCGUUAGGAUGGAGAUGGUGAGCAGCAGACCUGACACCCAGGUGUGAUCCCAGGCAGAAGGGGGACCAAUGGCCACCUCAAAGUAUGACCCCCACCUGGGCGCAGGUCCAUCUGAGGACUCGGAGAACCUCCUGGAUGAUUCUGACUCAGGGAGUGUGCUCUCUGACGACUCGGUGCUUCCCGACUAUGAAAGUGAGGAAAAACACAGAGAGCCGGCUAAAACGUUGUAUGAGGCCUGCGCUCGGAAUGAUCCCACAUCCAUGCGCAGGAUCCUGGAGAGAGGAGUCACUAAAGACGAGGCCAAUGACCUGGACAUCAAUGGCAGGAAUGGACUGAUGUUGGCUGUGGGCAAAGGAUUCAUAGACAUAGUCACCAUGCUGCACACAUGUCCAAUAAUAGACAUCAACCACCAAGACAAUGAUGGCAACACCGCCCUCAUGAUUGCUGCUCAGGCAGGUUUUGUGACUAUUUUAAACUAUAUCCUUAACUUCUACUCUGGCGUGGACACCGAAGUCAGGGAUCCCCGUGGCUUCACAGCUCUCAUAAAGGCAGGCCUACAGGGCCGAGAAGAGUGUGUGUCCGCCCUGUUAAUGCAUGGUGCAGAUAUGAAUGCACUGGAUCUGGUCCAAGAUAGAGGUCUAAAGGAUUGGGUCCUUAGGACUGGAGGGUUUGAGACUCUUAACAGAAUCCACCGCCUGCAGGCUCAUUCUGUCGCUGAGCAGUUCUGUGACAGCUACAUUCCUGAGUGGCCUGAGCUGAAGCAACUGGUAGCAAAGGCCACAGCCAUCAAAACAAACAGUCAAAAGCUGCAGCAGUGCUUAAAAGACAGUCUUUCUUUCACCUUCCCUCAUGACCCCCAAGACAAUGGGGUCAUGGACCAUAUGGUGCGGAUGACAACAGGCAUCCACAGCCCCCUGAUAGCCACUGGUUGCCGUCCACUCUGUCCCUCCAGCCCCCCAGCGAUUGGCAGGCGACGGUUUGCUGUCCCUGAGCUGCUUGAAAAGCACAGCAGCAAGGAGUUAGAGGAGAGCACCGUGUCCCACAGUAAAGGCUCCAUCACCACCUCAGCUUCUCUGGGUGCUGUGUCAGCCAACUCUGUAUCUCUGACCUCCUGCUGCCAGGACACAGAGCGCAGGGAUAGCAGGUCAGGUGGCAUGAAAAGCUUCAUUCCCCGCAGCAUGGCAUACCGGAACAGCAUCUUCCCCUCAGGAUGUAUUCCCAAGAUUGAAGUAACAAAAUCUGGGGAGCCCACUCCAAAGAAAGAGAAAAAGAAGAAAAGGCAGAAGGGCUACCUGGAGCCUCCUGUCUGGAAGUACAAGGAGGCCAAGGAGGAGAAAAAGAGAGAGAAGGAGCAGCAGGAAAAGGAAAAAGAACAAGAGAAAAAACAGAAGGGGUCCAAACAUUCAUCAAGCCAAAAAUGAGGAUCAUUGAUUGAAAAUCGUUUUUCUCUUUUCCUCAGAAAAUGUCACUGUGAUGAAGUCAUGCGUGAGGAAUGAGCAUAUGUGAUUACAGUGAGGCCUGUUUCAACAGAAAACUAAGAAAUUGCAAAACAAUUUUGGAAGUGAGCAAUUAACGAUUGAUGGAUUUGAACUUUGGAAAACUGAAAAAUUGUGAACCAAAUAUUAUUUGGUUUUGAAGACGUACGGUGACAUGUCUUAGUAUGACUGACUUCUUCCUUCGAGGAUUGGUAGAUUAACUCUCACUGACCACAAACACCUGCAAUGACAUUAUUUCAUUUGGAGAACACUGUACAUUUGUGAGGAUUUUACAAGUCUGUGUAUUUUCAAUGAUGGAAUUUAACUGCAAGACAACCAAAGCAAUAGCAAAUACUGUUUACACAGUACAUGUGAGCAAUGGCCUUCAGCAAAUGAACGAUUGCGAUGUGAAACGGAGGGAAAAGAGACAACAAAUCUUGAAACUAUGUGCUUUGCUCCUCUACUCCACAAGCUCUAAGUGACAGUGGCUGCUUUUUACGACCAAGAAAUGAAGAUCUGUCAGCACACAACUACUAUAAGAUGUAUAAACUAUGGUUCUUGAGAGUAAUGCUGUUGGAAAAGUUUCAGAAACAGGAAGUGAACUGUAGCUAUCAUACAUUGUCCGAUUGACAUCAGAACUGCUCAGUCAGCUGACACAAUUUCAAUAUACUUGAGUGUUUCCUGCAAUCCCUCAAAUACGACCACCAGGGCAAGUUAAAGUCCAUUUUACAGCAUUAUAUAAAUGAAAUCAGUCCCUAUUAUGAGAUCUAGUCAACACUCUUAUUUUUCAAGGGUUAUUCAAUCUUCACUGUAUACAACAUGUAGCAUAUACCGGAUGCCUUUUAUUAUGAAUUGAAAUACUUCAAACUGUUAGGCUGUGGCAUGUGAAUGAUGUUAGCAGUGAAGAUGCAGAAAAAAAAUAUUUUUAAAUUUUGUCAGAUCAUGAUUAUGAGCUUAAUGUACCAUGUUUGAUUGGCUUUUAAUUGGACAACAUUAAUGCUGAUUGCAAAAAUGUGUUGGCACCAACAGCAGACCUCACACGUGGAGAGUUACCUUUGCAUAUGUAUGUAUAUGUAUGCAUGUAUGUACUAUUUGCACAUAAUGUUACUCAGGAAAUCUUUUGUGAUACGUCGGGCAUUAUACCUUAAAAAUCCGUCAAGGCAAGAGAAUCUCUUUUGGGGUCCAGCUUUCAUUGGUGCAUUUAAAAAUAGUCUGUGUAUAGACCAACUUGGUAAUUGACCAAAUCAUAACUAACUUAUGAAGCUUUAAUUGCAAUACCUGUUCUGAUUACAGCUAAAUAUAUUUAAAUAAUUUUUAUUAAAAUAAUGUAUUUAGAUACUGUUCUUACGAACAAAUAGAGCAUCAU